AAUCACAGUACCUCAGAUACUUUUGCUAUGUUUUCUCUGUUUGCUUCAUUUGCCAUGUUUGCAAUCACCGGCAAAGCCAAGCUCGAUUGAAGCUAACCAUAUCUAGCAUAGUAGCACUGCUGAUCCAGUUGCAUCCAACUGGCAGCGAAGUCUGGACAGAAAGAUCUCAAUGCUGCCAGUGUAAUAUUGCAGUUCGCCCGUUGCAGAUUGCCGGCAGUCAUGAUAGUCAGACACUUCUGCGCCCGGCAUGGGCGCACAGUGCUGGCUCAGUCGACACGGCCUCUGACCCGAGGGUACGUGGACAGCAGAAAUGUCGACAACCCCAUGCUCCGACAGUCCGAACGAGAUCCCAAGCCCAAGCCUGGGAUUCCAGGGCAUCCAGACGAGCCGUCAAGCAUUUUAGAUACGAUUCCUCAUCCACCGACCGCUGCCACCGCGUCUCUAGCCAAACGGCUCGAAGCGCAGGAGAAUUCGCUCCAGGCCCUCCGGGCAGAUAUCCAAGCGCACACCACCGCCCGGAUUAUGUCGCUGGAUGAGUUCCAGUUUGACGCAAAACACCCCGGCUCAGCGCCCAAAUCAGAUGCCAUCCAAUCUUCAUCUUCUUCCUCACAAUCAUCUCCAUUGGCACCGCCAGCCAAAGCCGACCCGCUACCCUUUGACAAUCUGAAAGAACUAAACCGGUACCGACGGCACGUGCAGCAAGAAAGACGCAAAGGCACACGGCUCUCUCAAACAUACGACCCCACGACUCUCCUCCGCAACCCGCCGAAGGAGUCGGAGCUGACUUUGCCAAUGCUAUUGGCGAACCAGACGCACCUAGGCCACGCGACGUCUCUGUGGAACCCAUCGAACAGCAGUUACAUCUUCGGCAUCCGAGACGGAAUCCACAUCAUUUCGCUGGAGACGACGUAUGCGUAUCUGAAGCGGGCAGCCAAGGUUGUUCAAGAAGUGGCGCGACGCGGCGGAGUGAUCCUGUUCAUCGCAACCCGCAAAGGCCAGGAAGAGAUUGUCGUCAACACGGCCAAAAUCGCCGGCGGAUACCACAUCUUCCACCGCUGGGUGCCGGGAUCACUGACCAACGGACAACAAAUCCUCGGCGCAUGUGGCGUCAAGGUGGUCGACAUCCAUGACCGCGAGAUCCCGCAGUAUAGCAACGUCUUCACCGCCGGCAGCCACACCGUCAUGCGGCCUGACCUGGUCGUCUGCCUGAACCCGCUGGAGAACCAGGUCUGUCUGCACGAGUGUGGUCUGUUCAACGUGCCCACCAUCGGCAUCAUCGACACAGAUGCCAAUCCUGCCUGGGUCACAUACCCGAUCCCCGCCAACGACGACUCGUUGCGCUCCGUCGCCCUGAUCGGCGGCGUGUUGGGCCAGGCCGGUGCAGAGGGCCAGCGACUGCGCAAGCUCGAGGCCAUGCGUGGCUCCGCCACCUAUCCCACUGAACAUGUUCGCAAGACCCUGGAAGCUAUACAGACGAUUGCAGCUAUGGAUGUGCAAGAGCCCGAGAAGGCCAGUGAAAAGUAGUCAUCUUGUGAUUAUCCCUGAUUCAUGUUGUGAGUUUCAAAAAAACGGGUGACGGGAUGGACUUGCAAUUACAAUCUUUGUGGCAGCACUGGGCUUUGUACAAACAGGCUUAUAGGACAUGGACGUCUGGAUAAAAUCACUCCGAAGUAAAAGAUUUGAGGCAUGGCGAUAAUGCUGACUCGACGUUGUCAAUGCCCCGUUUCUACUUACAUUUCCAUGCUUGUGGCUCCCUGACUGUCAUGAGGACAGUGCCAUCUCUUCCAAUGUUCAACGACCUUAUAUUAACCGGACGAGUGCUAUCACCUAGACAGUGUCCGUAGCACGAGGGAGAAGUUUACUGCAGUUGUAGGGACAAGAACUUGAAGGGCAUGCAUUUUGUUCAAAUAGAGGCCGUCCCGACCAAUUCGUUAUGAAACGAAGCGCGACCGCUGAAUAUCCCAUCACCCGCCCUGACCACCGAAGCACCACCGGUGAUUUGUUUCGCAAAAAAAGAAGCCUAGCUGCCAUAUAUCUUCGGCAUUGACGUACAGUGAAUGGAAAGUGUGUGAAAGUUUUGUGCCGUCUCCCAAGGAACCCGU